AAGUCAUGACAAGGGAAUUUUCAAUUUAUGGGUACUAAGUCGUAUGAGGGACGGAAGAAAAGUUCUGAGAGAAACAGAGAAAACUUUAUAAAAAACCAACUCCAGUUGGCUUACCUAAAGAGAUUUGAUCGAAAAAGUCAAGGAAGCAAAAAAUAAUGGCAUCGACCACUAUUCCAAAGCUGGUUUUGGGUUCCUCCACCGGCCUGAGGAGCAUCCCUGUAAUUGGUCUUGGAACAGCUUCAAACGACAAAGACUCAAUUCCCCUUAAAAAUGCAGUCUUGGAAGCUAUUAAGCUUGGUUACACCCACUUUGACACGGCCUCUGUAUAUGGAUCAGAACAGGGUCUUGGGGAAGCCAUAGCUGAAGCUCUAAAACUUGGCCUUGUUGCUUCUCGAGAUGAACUUUUCAUCACUUCCAAGCUUUGGAUUACUGAUAACCACCCUCAUCUCGUUCUUCCUUCUCUUAAAACAUCACUUGGGAAUCUUCAGCUAGAGUAUCUUGAUUUGUAUCUGAUACACUCGCCCAUAAGUGCAAAGCCAGGGAGGGCUGUAUUUCCCACUGAUGAAAAAGACCUAAUGCCAAUGGAUUUUAAAUCUGUAUGGAAAGCCAUGGAAGAAUGUCAAAGACUUGGCCUCACUAAGUCCAUUGGUGUUAGCAAUUUUUCUUGCAAGAAGCUUCAAAACAUUCUCUCUUUCGCCAAUAUCCCUCCCUCUGUCAAUCAAGUGGAAAUGAACCCAACUUGGCAACAAAAAAAGCUAAGAGAAUUUUGUAGUGCUAAUAAUAUUGUUGUGACUGCCUACUCACCAUUAGGAGCUAAAGGAACUAGUUGGGGUACCAAUAAGGUUUGGGAUAAUGAAGUGCUCGUAGAUAUAGCCAGAGCUAGAGGAAAGACUGUUGCUCAGGUUAGUCUUAGGUGGAUAUAUGAGCAAGGGGCAAGUGUUGUGGUGAAGAGUUACAACAAGGAGAGAUUGAAGGAGAAUCUUGACAUAUUUGAUUGGGAACUAACAGAGGAUGAUCUCAACAAGAUUAAUUUGAUUCCACAGAACAGAACUAGUGUUUGUGAGGCUUUUGUUUCACCUGAACAUGGUCCGUACAAAUCAUUUGAAGAAUUCUGGGAUGGAGAGCUUUAAUCUCUUUCUGUAUGUGUGUAUAUUUAUGUAUCAAUUUCCUAAUGUCUUUGUGUUUGAAUAAAUUUCAUGACUCUGUUUGAUUUCAUAUUCCAAUUUGCUAUUACAGCUUGUCCUAAAACUAUUUUGAUAUUAAUUGAUGAAAUCAAGUAUGGAUUCCAUACUAAAUUACACUAACAA